UUAUAAGAGUCUGUUGUAUUUAGCUUAGAUCUCCAGAAACUUCUGAAUGAUUUCCGAUGCAGGGCAUUGGAUUUGUUUCUUAAUGAGUUUUUGAUCGUUUUUCUUUCUGCUUUUUCAGGCUCGAAAACUAAUCUUCCGUUAAUGGCUUUAUUGUUCCGACUUUUGAAGAAAGUGAGGAAUAUAUAUGCCAGGGGUAUGUGUUUUUAUUCAGACUAAUUUUAGAAAAGUUGACUGCGUAUGGGCAUCGAUCUGAAAAUCUUCGGAUUGCCAAGCGAGUAUGCUUGCACUAGACUAAAGCGGGACUUUGCUGCUGGAAUAAUACUUCGAUUCUUUGAUUAAAAUUUUGUUUCAUUAAAAUUCAAGCGAAAUAAAGAAUUCCAAACUGAAUUGGGGCGAACCAAUUGCUGCUAUGAAUUUGAAUAAAAAAUCACGUUGUUGUUCCGACUUUCAAAGUCGAAAGUGAAGAAUAUAUAAGCCUGGGGUGAUUUUUUAUUCAAAUCGAUUUUAUGAAAGUUGACUGCGUAUGGGAAUCGAUCCAGAAAUCUUGGGAGUGCCGAACGAGUAUGCUUGCAAUAGACUAAAGUGCCACUUUGUUGCUGGAAAAGUACUUCGAAAGUUUGUUUCAAUACGCAAAAUGUUUAUGCGUGGUAAAUUAUUCGUAAUCACAAUCCUUUCAAAUUGAAUUGAAGCAAGCUAAUUGGUCUUACUAAUUCCAUAAACGACUCAAACUUCAACACUUUGAUAUUAUCAGUCUAAAUUUGUAAUUUUCAGGGCCUAGUCCUGAUAUGAGCAGUCUUGCUUAACCCUGUUUUGGAUUCGCCCCAUUUUUGGGGUUCUCGUGAGAUGCGUGGUAACCCGCGAGGCCCUCAUUCGUAUCCGACGACAAUUCGUAACAGAAAAAGCGGUGAACACUGAUUUGCGUGCAGUAUACUUUUCGUUCCAAACAUAAGCGCAGUGCUUGCAUUUGACACCAGAGGCGCAAUGCUCUCGAAUCAGUGACAUCUAUUUAUAAACACGAUACCAAAAGUAUUUGCGAAAGCAAUCAUUUUGAUUCUAGUUCAGCAGAGCCAUAGUUUGCAUAGGUGGCGCGAUACGUCACUAAAACAACCAGUUCUGCUCAGGUUAGAGUUGCUAUUUGUAAUGCUUAAAUUUCUAACUUGAAUUAAUAUUUGUGGAAUGCGCUAGUUUAAUCAGCAUAUUUUUGAUUUCACCGGAUAGCACUUAUGUUUGUAAAACUUAUUUAACUGUUUGUUUUGAACUGUUCAAAUAGCUAUCACAGUUCAGGUUUAGUUUGCAAAACUGAUGAUCCCUGAUCAAUCAUAAAUCAUAUCAGUUUAUUUAUUUCUGAGAAAUAAAAACAAUCUGUAAAAUUCGUAAGAUUUGGUUUGGGAAUUCGUAAUGAAUCCUUUGUUUUUCGUUUUUGGGAUUUUCGCUUUGUUGGGCUCAUCUCACUGUGACAAUGACACUGACCACUCGCCUCAACAAGUUCAUUUGUCGUACACUGGUCAACUGGACUCCAUGUUCGUGACCUGGGCCACCUUGACUGACGUAGAAGGCAACGGAUCAGUGACCUUUUGGGCAUCUUCAGGAGGGGAGAACAGUUCAGUUACAGUGGAUGCGUCCAAGACCAAGCUGAGUCACGAGAAAGAUGAUGGGGCAUAUAGGUACACGUGGAUCUUCAGGGCAACUAUGCAGCCACUAGAGCCGGACACAGUUUACGAGUACAGUGUCCAAAGUGGAGACCGAAAAAGUGACUCGUUCACCUUCAAAACAUUCUCAGAUUCAGACUCGUUCAAGCCCAAGUUUGCGAUCUACGGAGACUUUGGAAUAGAGAAUCACGUGUCCAUGUUCAAACUGAUUCAGUACUUGAAUGCGAGUGAGUAUCAGAUGGUGCUGCAUAUAGGGGACUUCGCCUACGAUAUGAACGAGAAAAACGGAGUGCAGGGCGACGUGUUCAUGGACAUGAUUCAACCCGUAGCCAGUAGAGUGCCAUACAACGUGGCUGUGGGCAACCACGAAGAAUUCAACAAUUUCACAGAAUAUUCUGGAAGGUUCACUUCUCCAGGACCCAGUGUGUUCUACAACAGCUUCGACGUGGGCCCAAUCCAUUUCGUCUUGUUCAGCUCCGAGUUCUAUUUCUACACUAAUUACGGAUUGGGACAACUCCAGGCCCAAUAUAACUGGCUUGUUGACGAUCUCGCCAAAGCCAAUACCGAACAGGCGCGAAACGAGCAUCCUUGGAUUGUGGCUAUGGCCCACCGGCCCAUGUACUGCAGCAGCCACGACGGAGACGACUGCACAAAGCACGACUCUAUCAUGCGAACUGGAUACGAGCACGAACUGUACAAACUGGAGGACCUCUUUUUCAAAAACGGAGUCGACCUUCAAUUCUACGCACACGAACACGAUUACGAACGACUCUACCCAAUAUAUGACUAUGCGUACCAGAAAGUGAAGAAUGCUAGUGUGUAUAUGGACACUAGAUAUCCUGUUCACGUGGUCACUGGCGCGGCGGGAUGUCGCGAGGACCAUGAUCCGUUCACGAUUCCGAAACCGAAGUGGUCUUUUUUCAGGUCGAACAAUUACGGCUUUACCCUCAUGGGUGUGGAGGAUAAAUUGACCUUGAAGAUACGACAGUUUUCAGUCGUGAAGGACGAAAUCAUUGAUGAGUUCAUGAUUUCGAAGUCAGAUGUUUUCCCUAAUUUCGACUGGGAUCAUUAGGCGCCCCAAGUAUGAGCUAUUCUGCUUGAUCACGGAUUUGGAAUUAAUAUCCAUGGGGUUAUCGAUACCCACAUGCGAUUGAAAUAGUUUUUUCAUCAAACACAGUAGUAAAUAGAACGGAGAUUAAUAGCAUAUUUUAGAAACAUUAUAUAGAAUUUUCAGUUCUUGAAGAAAUACUCAGAUGUUUAAUUGAAAAUAAUUCAAUUUUC